UUCAAAACAGUAACAUAAAGUUUAGUUUUCUGCACACUUUAGUCAGUCCUUUCUUUCAAAGCAAAAUGAAAUUCGCUAUUGUUACCUUGUUCACUUUGGCCUUGGCUUUGGGCGUUCAAUCAUCCAUAAUUCCCUGGGGUGGUGUAGUGACACAAGUAGCUGGAGGUCCUCUUGCACACACAUCUGUUAUAUCCCCACUUGGUUUACCUUGGGGUGCUGGUGUUGUAUUAGGUCAUCCACAUGCUGCCAUCUCCGUUCACGGUCCUAGUGCUGUAGCAGUACAUGCUCACGCUGCUAUUCCCGCUGCUGUACAUGUUCCCGCUGUUGUGGGCGGUCAUGCUAGUUAUGUUGCCAAAACUCGUGGUGCUGUUCACUCUGCUCCCUUGGCCGGUCACAUUAACUCGGUAGCCAAUGUCAAUGUAGCUCCUGCUCCCGGUACCAUCUAAGCAAAUGUACUUAACGAAAAAUACAUAGUCAAUGUACAUAUAAGUUCUUGAAAUUAAACAAACGUUCAAUGAGAUGUUAACAAAGGUUUAACACAAAAAAUAAUAGAAAUUUCUUUGAACAUAUUAGUUUAGAAAUAUUGGUAGUUUUAUGCUUAUCUGUAUUUCCCUAAUGUUGUCAAUAU